GUCAACCUUGACCGUCGUUGGCGGGGCAAAAUGCUCUGGGAGCCUUGUUGGACCCCUCAUUCCCUCGCUUGGGUCUCGAGAUACCAGGUCAUUUUCUAUGCUUCCCUUUGCUCUUCGUAUUCAACUAGUGCUUACUAUGAACUUCUGUAGAGACUGUGAGGAUAAUCGGAAGGAUGGGACCACCCCGAGUAGCGUCUCACCCACACUGUGUAGCGGAAUGAAAGUACGUAGGCCUGAAAUACGGACGUGAUGUGCGUAGCUUCAAAAUCCGAUGAGGUGGUUAAGUACCUGGUAAUUUAGAAAUCCCGAACUCCACACCCGAGCAAGAUAGGCUAGUACUUAUUGUCCGUGGCCUCUCGCAUUGUUUGUGUACCUCGUGUUUCCAAUCCCACUUCUUGUCAUCUUUGGACACCGCCUCUUCUCUACACGGUUGAUCCCAAUACCUUCAUCAGCUGCCUACGCAUACCAUGGACGAUAAGAUUCUCGCGGCUUCGGCCAAGCACCCCAUUGUGCCCAACCAUGCUUACAAGUAUGGUACCGCUGGUUUCCGCAUGAAGGCCGACCUGCUCGACGGCGUUGCCUUCCGCGUCGGCUUGCUCUCUGGUCUGCGCAGUCGCCGCCUCAACGGCCAGGCGAUUGGCGUCAUGAUCACGGCUAGCCACAAUCCGGCUGUUGAUAACGGCGUCAAGAUUGUCGAUCCCAUGGGCGAGAUGCUCGAGCAGGAUUGGGAGGCCCACGCUACGAAGCUCGUCAACUGCGCUUCUGACCAGGAGCUUCUCGAUACCUACAAGUCGCUCGCCGCCCAGCUCAAGGUCGAUCUGUCCACGCCUGGCCGUGUCAUUUGCGGUCGCGACACACGACCCUCUGGCCACGGCCUCGCGGCCGCGCUGGCUGAUGCCUGCGAGGCCAUCGAUAUCGAGUAUACCGAUUACAAGCGAGUCACGACACCGCAGCUCCACUAUCUCGUCCGUUGCAUCAACACCGAGGGUACACCCAAGUCAUACGGCGAGGUCAGCAAAGCUGGCUACAACAAGAAGAUGUCUGAUGCGCUGGUUCGCGCGCUGGGAGGCCGCAAGAUUGAGGGCCAGCUGACAGUUGACUGCGCCAACGGUGUCGGUGGCCCUGAACUGUCAGAGCUCCUCAAGGUAAUCCCCAAGGACGUGAUCAACGUCAAGGUUGUGAACGAUGAUGUCCUGAGGCCAGAGGUCCUAAAUUUGGAUGCUGGCGCAGACUACGUCAAGACAAGGCAGCGCGCUCCUCCCAAGCCGACGCCCGUCCCUGGAAACCGCAUUUGCUCCCUUGAUGGCGAUGCUGACCGCUUGAUCUACUACUGGAUUGAUCCGGACACUGGCUUCUUCAUGCUUGACGGUGAUCGCAUCUCGUCUCUGAAUGCCUCCUUCAUUGGUGGGCUUGUCCGCGAGGCUGGUCUCGAGGACGAACUCCGCAUCGGUGUUGUGCAGACUGCUUACGCCAACGGCGCGAGCACGGCCUACAUUGAGAAGCACCUCAAGCUGCCCGUCGUCUUUACGCCCACUGGUGUCAAGCAUCUCCACCACGCCGCUUGUCAGUUUGACAUUGGCGUAUACUUCGAGGCCAACGGGCAUGGCACAGUCGUCUUCUCCCAAGAAGCGAUCCGCCUGUUUACCGAGAAAGAGCCUCAGUCCCCCGCACAGAAGGAGGCUCUCGAGACUCUUGCAGCUAUUUCUGAUCUGAUCAACCAGACCGUUGGUGAUGCGAUCUCCGACAUGCUCAUGGUCGAGGUCAUUCUUGCCCACAAGGGCUGGACCCUGAAGGAUUGGGCCAACACCUACAACGACCUGCCCAAUCGACUCGUCCGCGUCGAGGUGGGAGACAAAGAUCUUUUCGAGACUACGGACGCCGAGCGCAGGUUGAGCGCUCCAAAGGGCGCGCAGGAGGAGAUUGACAGCUUUGUCAAGAAGUACACCAACGCCCGCUCUUUUGCACGUGCCAGCGGCACUGAAAAUGCCUGCCGUGUGUACGCCGAGGCCGCGACACGCUCGGAGGCUGAUGAGCUGGCGAAGCACGUUGCUGAUGUGAUCAAGAAGUUUGGAUCACCUUGAGUGAGCGGGCGAAACGAACGCGGCGAGCGAAGCCAGAAAGGCCAAGAGCUCGACUCAUAAGCGCACAAAAUGGUGAAUGGAGUUGGGUAGCAAUGGAAAUGAUUUCUCUCGCAUUGGUUAAUGGAUAGCUACGUUGCCAUGAACAUAGAAUACUGCGCCAGACCUGCGACAGACAGCCGGGUCUGCGACUAUACAUGAGAUCAUGAGACAAGAUACGGAAGGCUGGAAAGAAAAGCACGCAGGCUGAAUACAUUGAUAUACAACUGAUACUCUUACGAGCAGACUCAGUCAGUGAUAAUGGCGUCGUAUGAUCCGCUGCGAGUCAGUCUCGGCCGGAUCUAGGGAUGCGACAGGGUCCAAAGGCGGUGACGGCAGAAUUUCUUUUUUCUGCCU